AGAUGAGGGGAUGUCAUGUGUCCUACUUAUAUCAGUACAGUCGUAACAACCUAAACAUUACGAAACUUACAGUCAAUCAAAUAAACCUCACGUAGCAAAUAAGCCAUACAUUUUUGUUGUUAACAAAAUUCGAUACUCUCAUUGACCUCCAUACAAAAACUCCUUGCUUGGUGGGCGAAAAAUUAAAAAAAACACCACCUGCUGGACGGAGACACAUUUUCCGCCGAGUUGGGCCUCUCUCUUUACUUCUUCCUCUCUGCUCGUAGUAUUUUAGAAGCGAUCAUAGUCCAACUCGUUUUUAUUCUUGCAUGAAACGCUUCAUACCUGCUUGCUUUGCCUACGAUAAUUGAUAAUACUGCUACGUAUUCUAUUUCAUCAUGUCUCAUUACGAAGAAGUAAAGGUCCAUGGUUAUGAUGAAUUCUGCAAAGCAGUGUCUGAGCGAAAAGGAAAGGACAUAUUCGCAUAUUUCUCUGGUGAUAAAGACGCUCAAGGGAUGAGCUGGUGUCCAGAUUGUGUGGAAGCUGAGCCAGUUGUUAGAGGAGAGAUGUCCCACCUUCCUGAGGGCUCUGUCUUCAUCUACUGUCAGGUUGGAGAGAGGCCAUAUUGGAAGGAUCCCAAUAAUAAGUUCAAGAAGACUUUGAAGCUCAGUGGAGUUCCCACUCUGAUCCGAUAUGGCACGCCUCAGAAGCUGGUUGAAGAGGAGUGCUUCAAAGCUGACCUGGUGAGGAUGAUGUUCACCGAGGACUAGAGGACCACACUCGCCCUGCACUGGGUCAUCUUCCAUUUCCCACUGUCCUGUCUUUUUCCUGAGAUCCAGCCCCAGCCCAGGCACCUUUUCACUACACUAGAUUGAACAGAAAUUAUUGUUUCUUUGAAAUUCAAAUACACACUCCUCUCCCUGCGAGGUAGUGUUAAUCAGUGAAUGUGUUGCUAUUCUUACAUGGAAAUAAAAAGCAACUAUAACAUAACCAGAGGCCUUGGUAGAGCUAGUUGACUGGUUUUAUAACUUUAUGUUUAAUGUAGUAAAUUAAAUAGAAGAGUUAUAAUAAUAUAGCCCACUUUUGACAAAUAUAUUAGAUUCCCCUAAGUGGUAGGCAGCUUACUCCUAGAAUGUAAUGUGCCAGAUGAAUUGAUGAUUCUUACUUAUAGCAGAAAUGUUUAGAGUGAAGAUAUCAACUGAAACAAUACCUGUUAUACUGUGAUUGGCGUGUUGUUGUGUAGAACUUAGUCAAGUGAAAUAAAUGAUGGUUGGAUGAAAACAA